AUGGAAUUUAAAUUUCGUGGAUUUAUGGCACCUGUUUUCACACCCUUUGACGAUAACAGGAAUUUAAAACUCGACAUCAUACCAAAGUAUGCCGAAUAUUUGCACUCGAAUGGAAUAAAAGGAAUUUUAGUUAACGGAACGACAGGAGAAGGAGUAUCGAUGACGACGGAUGAAAGAAUUCAAGUUUUAAAUUGUUGGAUCAAAGCUUGCGGUCGAUACAGUACAACCCUCAUGGUUCAAAUAGGAGGUACGAAUAUGAAAGAUGUCAAAAUGUUAGCCAAACACGCUCAAGAUAAAAACGUCGAUGCCAUUUUAUGUUUGCCUGAUCUUUUCUUCAGACCGAAAACCGUCAACGAUCUCAUACAUUAUUUGAAAAUAGUUUCGGCAUCGGCACCAUCGACUCCUUUGCUCUACUAUCACAUACCCGGUUUCACAGGAAUUGACGUUGACGUCGUGGAGCUGAUGAAGAGGAGACGAGAAGUUCCCACUUUGGUUGGAAUCAAGUUUACCGACAACGACUUGGUAAAGGCGAACGCGGCCUGCACGACAAAUGCCGAAGGAGAUCGAGGACUUGUGUUUUUGGGAUGCGAUUCACUUUUGCUACCAGCUUUUUUGCAAGGCAUCGAUUCGGCCAUUGGAACGACUCUCAACAUGUUUCCGGAACUCAAUAAUAAAAUCUUAAGGUACUAUCAAGAGGGAGACAUCAAGAUGGCGGCGGCCGAACAGAAGAGGCUCAACGGGGAAAUACAAAAGAUCACCAGGCACAGUACUUGGGUGAGCGGAAUGAAAGGAGCCAUGAGGAAACUAACGGGAAUCGACGUCGGACCCGUAAGGGAUCCGCUUGUGGAUGUCUUCACGGGCUAA